AUUUCAUACCACCACGGCAACAGCUGGAUCUGUAUGCCCUCAUUCAUUGUACGCCAAAUAAGAGGUCCCCUGAGGAAAUCUGAAGCAAAAUGGCGGUCUCCCGCCCGAAACGAUCACUGGUUCGCCGAGCGGUCGCCUUUGUGAAGAGACUCAUUCACAAGCAUCCGGUUCCUGAUCUGUCUCUGCCUGUCCCCACAGCAACACAGGCAGCGUCCCGACCGGACAAGAAAACCAUCCUGAAACAUCCAGCAAAGAAGGACUUUCUGAAACAAAUUGUGCCCGAAGCGGUUAACGACUGCCCGUUGCCGUCCUUUGAUCCCGGCAUCUUCCACAGUGAGUUGCUGGAUCUCAAGCUGUAUCCGGAGGUCGACCCCAAUGAUCCCAGAAAGAUCAGGGAGCCAGAAGGAAACGUUCGUGAAGGAACCUAUCUGGGUACACAACUCGCCUUAACACAGGCAUAUGAGCGUGUUGAACAAACAUUCAACUCUCUUUUUGAUGUUCUCGGUAUUGAACCCACCUUUCCUAGAUACGUCUCACUGGAGCAGCAAAGGAAUCUUUACCAGUUUGCACCUUAUCCCAACAACGCCGAUGGAACCCUUGCCGACUACCCACCUCACCUUCAGCAUAUUCCUGUGGAUCAGAACCACACGGUCUUUGGCGUCUUCAACAAUGCCGGUUUGCUCGAAACAGCAGUCAUCUUGCAGAAACUCAUCCCGGAUGAAGAUGGAUUUAUUGGACGGACGAAGCAGUGGUUGCUGGAGAAGGCUCGCGCUGCUGCGUAUGGAGGUGAACCGGAGAAAGGCAUCACCAUCCAGGACGUUGAGGACUACAACAGGUUUCAUCGCAAGGUAGGCACCGACAUUGCUGGUGGCGGCAACAUUGGCCUUCUGGACGACUGGUACAGCGAUCGACGCUUUGCCGAACAGCAGUUCACCGGUACCAACCCCACAACCAUCACGCAAGCCGGGAAGCAAUGGAUCGGCGAGUUCCUCACUGCUGCCAGAAUUGGCGGCUAUAAUGCAUGGACCUCGGCUCUGGAGGCCGCAGACCCCGCCUCUCUCUUCGUCCAAGACGGGAGUUACUUCCGCGACGCCGUCGGUGUCACCGACCCAACCGCCGCCCUCCACCACAAGCAGCCCGGCAGCGACGACAACUGGUGCGUCGGCGCCGUGAGUCUCUUCCAACUGCACGACGACGGCAAGCUGCACCCGGUCGCCAUUUGCAUUGACUACCGCGGAUCCAUGGAGCAAUCCGUCACGCUCUUCAACAACCGGCUAACCCCUCGGGACUCGACCAAGACCGAAAAGACCGACUGGCCCUGGCGAUACGCCAAAACCUGCGCCCAAGUAACCGACUGGAUGCGACACGAGCUAACCGUCCACCUCACGCUUGCCCACCUAGUCGAGGAAGCCAUCAUCGUCGGCACCAACCGGUCCCUGCCUAUGGAACACCCCGUCUACCGCCUCCUCUCGCCGCACUGGUACAAGACCCUCUCCGUCAACGCCGCCGCCCGCGCCACUUUAGUCCCGCAAGUCAUCGUCGACAUUGUCGGCAUCUCGCCUGAGCAAUGCCACUCCUUCAUCCGCCACGCUUACGACACCUACGAUUUCGUAGCACAUCACGUCCCCAACGACCUCGCCCGCCGAGGGUUCCCCAACACAGCCGAGGGUCUAUCCGCCUCCACCCGCUACAGGAACUACGCCUACGCAAAGGACGUGCUCGCCCUGUGGACCGUUCUGAGAUCUUACGUCGCCGAGAUGCUCGCCCUCUCCUACCCCUCUGACGAAUCCGUGGCUCAGGAUCGAUACAUCCAGUCCUGGUGCAAGGAAAUGCGCCAGGGCGGCGCGCACAUGUCCUCGUUUCCCGAAAUCGGGGACUUGGACUCCUUGACGGACGCAAUAACCAUGUGCAUCCACACCGCCACCUCGUUUCACUCGGCUGUCAACUACCUUCAGAAUUUCUAUCAGGCUUUCGUCAUUGCCAAGCCGCCUAUGCUUUGUACUGCCCCGCCUACUUCCCUGUCGGCCCUGCAACAGAUGAAAGAGCAUGAUCUUGUGGCUUCCUUGCCUAUCAACAGGCAGCGCCAAUGGUUGUUGAGUGCGCAGGUACCGUGGUUACUGAGCUUCAGAACACCGCAGGAUCGAUCAUUGCUGAAUUAUGCGGCGAGUAUGUGGCGGGUGUACAAGACGAAGAAGGGGAGGAGGGAGAAGAUGGUUGCUGAGGCUAGUGAGAGGUUGUAUGCGAGGUUGAGGGAGACGCAGAGAGUGGUGUGGGAGAAUUCGAAGGCGAUGGAGAAGGGGAGUUUGCCGUAUAUGGUGCUGGAUCCGGGGAAUACGGCUGUUUCGAUUUUGAUUUGAUGGUUGGUGUGACUGGAUUCUUGGGGAGGUUUUCUCUUUUCUUUUUCGCUGUUGCUUUUUCUAUCCCUUUCUUCGGCUUCUUGUCCUUCAAGUUUCUUACAAUGUUUUCUAAUAUUGAUGGAUAUGAUGUUGACGACCAUAGAAAGAAAGAUCUUGGGAUCAUCAUGGGAGGAUGUUUGGUUGCGAUUGCGUACGGUCGGAGAGGUUGUCUGUUUUAUUCGUUUUUGUAUACCGCUCUGAAUAUUAGCAGAGAAAGAAAAAGGUGCUGGUCACCACUCUAGAUAGUUGUCAUAUCGUCAUAAUCUAAUCAAUAGUUUUCCAUCAA